UCCGCCAAGGGGGUUAACGGCCGUGGUCACAAAGUGUCAUGUCCUCCCGAAAACUUCGAACCGAUUGUAAAGUAAGCAAGUACUAAAGUGUCAGCAUGAGCGCGGACGUGCUCGCGCAGCUGGCCGCCGUCAUGGAGUCGCUCGUGCACGCCGCUGUGGCCGAGCUCCACAAGCAGCAUUCAGGGGGAGGAGGGGGCGGCCCGCCGGACGACCUCCGCCCCGGAGAGGAGCCUCCGUGGGCGGCCAGCGUGCGCAGAGAGAGCCGCGAACAGCUGGUGUACUUUGCCGCCAUCUUGGAGACGCUGGCCAACGAGGCUUUGGGGAAGAUCGUCAACAUCGUGGACGGCGUCGCCCCGAGGCGGACUGACAGCAGAGCGCACGGCGGCGAGACAUCGCAGAUAGCCAUCGUCAGCGUCCUCGACAAGGCCUGCGUGGAGGCGGAGCACUCGUACGGCGUCCCUCCGGUGGGUCACGGCGCCCCCGUACUCGCUCAGGAAGAACCACCUGAAGAGACGCCGUUGACCCUGGCCGUCAGUGUCAAAGACCAGCACGGACGCGUGGACCUGGACGCCAUUGCUGAGCGUGAGAACCUGAUCCGGCACACCGUAAUUGGCACAACGGCAAGAACAAAAUGCGCCGGACUGGACGUGGCUCCGCUAGCGAGCUCGGACUCCAAAGAUUUGGCAGCGGACGGCAUCACGCACGAGAGGAAGUCCUCCGCGUUGCCGAGUCCACUGGCCUCACGCCGCCACGCGGCACAGGAGAGCCCCAGCGCCUCCCCCGAGCGGGUGCGGUUCCGGGCGCGCUGUGCAGCCGAGAAGCCCUUCGCCUGUGAGCAGUGCGGCCACCGUUUCACCCUGAAACAAAACUUACGGCGCCACGCCCGCGGCCACGUGGGCAGCAAGUCGUUCUGCUGCGGCGUGUGCGGGAAAGGCUUCACGCGCGCCAUCACGCUCAAGACGCACGAGCUGAUCCACACGGGCCAGAAGCCCCUCAAGUGCGAGCAGUGCCCCAAAACCUUCCGGCACACCGUCAACCUGAAGAACCACCUGCGCAUCCACAGCGGCGUGCGACCCUUCGCCUGCGACGUCUGCACCAAGACUUUCCGCCAGGCGGUCAACCUGAAGAUCCACCGCCGCGUGCACACGGGCGAGCGGCCAUACGCGUGCCGCCGCUGCGGCAAGACCUUCAGCCAGCAGAGCAGCCUGAUCGCGCACGGUCGCACGCACUCGGCUGAGCGGCCGUUUGCCUGCGUCUCCUGCGGCAAGCGCUUCAACAGUGCCAACGGCCUCAAGCUGCACGUGCGCGUGCACACGGGCGAGCGGCCGUACGCCUGCGAUGUCUGCGCCAAGACCUUCAGCCAGGGCAGCCACCUGCGCACGCAUAAGAGCCACGUGCAUGCCGGCGGCAAGCGCUUCAUCUGCGACAGGUGCGGGAAACGCUACGCCGACGGACGCAACCUGAAGACUCACAAGUGCGGCUACGCGUGACGGUGUGACGCCGCCCCCUCGACGCAUUCCCUGCAUCAAGUUUUUUUUAAUUGCACAGGCUCCAAGUUUCUUAUUUCAUUGAAAGAAUUUUGAGAAAGGCCGCACGUCAGAGGGUCGGCGGUCACGCUCUCGGCUCGUCGUUGGCUCGUGCUCACGUGGGCCUGCGUUUGUGCCCAAAACAUUGACUGGUGACCAAUCGGUUGUUUGUCCGUGUGUGCCCCGACAAUAUCGCUGACUGGCGACCUGUCCAUUGUCAUGUGGUGUUACAGCUGUCUUUGUUCAGUUGAGUUGAGAACAUUUAAUAUUUACAAGUGCAUCUCAAUAAAUUACAAACACAAAACUUCAUGUAUACAAUGAUUUGUAUGGCGUGCCGUUUGUAAAGCGGCUCGCUCUGAAAAUAACAGCAACAUUU